UCACUUUCCGGUUUCUAACUCCGUCACCGGAAACCUAAAACCGUCACCGGAGAUUCAAAACUUUCACAUCAGACCUCAAAAUCUUCAAAUUGGAGCUAAAAAACGAAACGAGAUGGAUAUUUUCGAUAUUCAUAACGUAAAAGUGGAGAAAGCGAAUGCGAUGCUACAAUACCGAAGGUUUCGUAAAAUCGCGAAGCUGUUCCGGCUCGUUGAGCUGUUUUUCGCUGUGAUUUUGUUCUCGUGGACCUCAAUUCGCUUGCCGUUCGUCAUCGGAAUACUUUCCGACUACUUCCGGCAGCUUUUUUCAAUCAUCGUCAGUCCGAUCUUCAUAUUCCUGAUCGGUAACGUGAUUAUUGUGUUUCUCGUAGUUAAAUCCGGUCAAAUUACUGAAAAUUCUAGUGAAUUAGAUGAUUCCGGAAGUGAUUUGUAUGAAAAAAUUGCUAAUAAUGUUCAGGAAGAUGAUGUUCAUGUUCAUGAUGUUCAACCGGUUAUUGAACCGGAACAAAUUGUUUAUCAGGAUAAACGAGUCGUAUCUGAAGUGAAUAAUAAACCGAUUAAUGAUAACAAAAUUAAAGUUCGUCAAGCUACGAACAAAAAUUUGAAGCCUAAACCGGUUUCAAAUUCAGAUCUGGAAUAUAUGAAAGUUUACCGGAGGAGUCAAUCGGAGAAUCUGACGAAGAACGAGUGUUUUCCGGUGCCGGAAAAACUGAAGCGAUCGGAGACGGAGAUCGGACGGCGAACAGUUGAAACUCCGGCGACGGAGAAUGUUGCGAACGACCUCGUCGUUGAGGAGCUGAGCAACGAGGAGUUUCAGAAACGGAUCGAACGGUUUAUCGCUAGACAGAUUAAAUUUCAUCAAAAAGAAAAACUCGCAAUUGUUGCGCAUAAGUCAUAAGUCGUAACUCUAGGCUUGGUAAAACAGGUCAGGAAUUGCCAGCGCAACGUUAUUGAUAAAUGAAUGUGAUUGGUCCGUACAAUUUUUGGGAAGAAAAUGUGAUAAGAGAAAUGAGAGAUCUCAGAUUAUCGUUGAAUUGAUGUACAGUUGUUUUAGUAAUAUCCAGAUUUCAAAUUUUACAAAA